GGAGGAUGAAGAACACCAGAACGCCUUCACAGCCACUGCAGUUUCCAUGUAAUCCCUUAAAGACAGGAUCUAACUCUGUGCUGAGGGUCUCCCCUUAGAACCGAAUGAAGAAACGAAUCUUGCUUUACUUCGCAUAUAGAGGAUUAGUGAGAAAAGGGAAAAAGAGCAAAAGGAGAAAAUGGCCGGUUUUAUAUUACGGAACGCUGAACCCAAGGACGUCUCAGAUAUUCUCCGUCUCAUAAAGGAACUUGCGAAGUUUGAGAAAAUGGAAGAACAAGUUGUUCUGACCGAGAAAGAGCUGCUGGAGGACGGUUUCGGAGAUCAUCCGUUCUACCACUGCAUCAUCGCUGAAGUGCCCAAGGACAAGCAGAGUGCACAGGGCCACACGGUGGUCGGCUUCGCCAUGUACUACUUCACCUACGACCCCUGGAUCGGGAAGCUGCUCUACCUGGAAGACUUUUAUGUCAUGGGGGAGUUCAGAGGUUAUGGCAUUGGCUCUGAAAUCCUGAAGCAGCUCAGUGAAAUGGCGGUGAAGUGUCGCUGCAGCAGUUUGCAGUUCAUCGUGGCCGAGUGGAACAAAUCCUCCAUCGAGUUCUACAAACGCCGCGGCGCCAGCGAUCUCUCGCUGGAGGAGGGCUGGAGGCUGUUCGAGAUCGACAAGGAGAGUCUGAUCAAAAUGAUCAAGUAGACGAGAUGAGAAAUAAACACAAAGCCUCAUGUUUAACUCCGAAUUGUGUCGCGUUCCUCACUAUAAUCAUUCUGAUGUCGCGGAUCGUCUGCUUCAGGAAAAGACACGGAACUGUUCUCGUUAUAGUGGGGUUUUUGUUUUGUUUUUGUUUUUUUAGAAUAAAUUGAAUGGAAUAUUUACAUAAAC